AUGUCCAGGGCAAAAGUUGCACCGUUGAAACGCCAGUCAAUUCCUCGCCUGGAGCUGAUGGCCGCGUUAUUGGGGGCCCGCAUGUGCCUAAACGUUUUAAGUCUGCACUCUUACAAGAUCCUGCGCACCGUGUUUUGGACUGAUUCUCGCACCGUAUGCAUCGGAGAAAUAUGGGAGUUAACGAAAACGAAGGACUGGCGUUGGAUACCGACAAAACUCAACAUAGCAGAUGUGCUGACAAAAUGGGGUGAUGGUCCGCCGUUGCAAAGUGACGGAGAAUGGUUCAAAGGCCCAGAGUUUUUGUACCGACCACAAAGCGAGUGGCCGACAGAUGAAAUUGUAUUCGACGAAACGGACGAAGAAGCUAGAGGUGUGGUGCUCUUCCACGAAGUGAUAGACGCUACGGUUAUAUCCCGAUGGACAAACUUGCUUCGGGUGACGGCAUAUGUAGUGCGGUUUGUUGCCAAUUGCCGACGAAAAGUGAAGGGUGAACCGAUGGUGACCACGCCGGCUACAGUUAAACAGAAGAGGUUAACCAAUCGAAUGAUAAACUAUGUCACGGUCAAGCAUGGAAAAAAUCACAUCAAACAGCAUUCAUUUUGA